AUGAUUCACGCUAGUGUACAUGGAUGGACCGUUCAUACUGCUCACAGACGUGAAGACGACAAGCCAAUAACACUUUCUGUGUGUUUUUUUCCCCCUAAUUUUUCCAGCUUUUCAUUGUUCUUGGAAAGUUUUGUGCCCCCUGUUGCAAAUUCCCUGAGACAUUUUGGGAGUCUGCCGGUCUUAGGCCCCGUCUCCCUCCAGUUGGCACAGAUAAAGACUCAGUUGGCACUGCACCAGCUGAAUGCAAUUGCUGGCACAAGCGUUACUCCGUCUGCAAUUGCAACACCUGCUUUGACCUUGCUCAACUUGCUUAAGGUCACCAUGUCGCACCCAUUGUAUAAUCCCCGUGGAGGGCUGUUGCCCAUCCCUCAGAGACCUGUUGUGCCUGGCCAAUAUGGUCUUGGGUCACAGCCUCGAAUAGAGCUUGGGGCAGCCCGUCUUGGCCCAGGUUCAAUAUCUGGUUCUCGUGGGGGAUUGAUCAACCAGCCCUUCUCACUAGGACAACGGCAGUCACAGAUUUCCCCAGAUCUCGAAGCCGCCAUAGACCAGAACCUUCGGGGAGCCCGCGAGGAAGUGCGCCUUCUCACGCAAAUGCUCCAGCAACCCAAAAAAGUAGAUCCCCGCAUGAGAAAGGACACAAGGGAUGAGGUGCUUUCCUCCGGAGGGAACAUCUUUUCAGGGUCUUCGAGAUCUGAUGAGGUGGACUGGUCCAUAUACCAAGGCCCCAGCAAGCUCUUCGGAUCUUCAAGCUUGGAUCGUCCUUCCGGUUCGUCGCAGCUGUUCCAGUCUCCGGGUUUUGGCGGAGGAUCAAGCGGUUUGGACGGCCAACCUCCACCAGAACAGCGGCCUUCACGUUACACCUCUGAAAGUGCCAGCAGCAUCCUAGCAAGCUUUGGACUCUCCAAUGAGGACCUCGAGCUUUUAAGUCACUAUCCAGAUGAUCAACUGACUCCUGACAACCUACCGUUCAUUUUGCGGGACAUCCGUAUGCGGAAAGUGAAAAGGGACGUUGACGCGAGAUCUCAAGUCAUUGACUAUAGACAUUCUAGUAAAUUUGGCUACUCCGAGGAGAAUGCGGAUGACUAUGCAAGUGAACAACACCUGCCUAAAGAGUCACCAAAGUAUGUGAGUGAGGUCUCCAAACCACCCUUCAGUGGCAUGGACAUCGCAAAGCAUCCUAAGCCGUGCCAGCCUGCGCCAGUCCCUGUUCCAAAGCUUCAGAAACCUCCAACGGUAGAUCCAAGACUCGUGAAGACGAUCCCGGUGAGACCAUCUGCAUCCCAGACUGUUCUGCAACCCCAGAGUCGACCUCCUGCACAGAUGCCGCCUCAACUUGGUCUUCUUCCUAUUCCUAUGAUGGCCAUGAACAGUAUCUCCGGAGGAGCGAAUGCCAACUGGAUCCCGUUCCUUUCGCCUCCAGUCAACGUGCCCGCCACCAAGAGGCUUCCGACUCCUACCAUGAUGAAUGAUUACUCAGCAGCUACUCCAAGAAUCUUUCCUCAUACAUGCUCUCUAUGUAACAUUGAAUGUGUCCAGAUUAAGGACUGGCUUGAACAUCAGAACACAAAUCUUCACAUUGAGAGUUGUAGGCGUCUUAGGAAACAAUACCCUGACUGGAAGGUUGAUUCUGUCUCAGUUUCAAGACCUGAGCCCAAAUCAGAACACAGCAGCUCAAAGCGACGCACCCGAUCACACUCGUACUCCAGAUCCCCCAGCCCGAAGCGGCACCAUGAGUCUUCAAGCCGUCGUAAACGAUCCCGUUCACGCUCCCGAUCCCGAUCCCGAAGCCCUAGAAGGUACCGGCGUAGCAGAAGUCACAGCCGGUCACCCCAUAGGAAGUCUUCUUACAGACGAAGGUCCCGUAGUCCUCCAUCUCAACGAUCAAGGUCUCCAGGUUACAGUAGGCGCUCUCCUCCACGCCGCUCGAGUCCCCGCAGGAGCAGCCCGUCCCGGCAGCAGAGAUCCAGCAGUACUGAACGACUGGCCAUGAAACUCAUGUCAUCGGCUGAGCUUUCCUCAAUUACAGACAGUAAUACUUUGAAGGCUGUGGUGAAGUCCUUGGCACCAGCCCUGCUGGCUGAGCUAGCAAAGAAGAAGAGUGUUCCCUCUACUUCCUCAUCAAAGGGAAGCAGCAGUAGCUGGAAACAGCCGCCUUCACCUAAGAGAACUGAAUACACCAAGUCAAGCAGACCCUCCGUCACAAAGACCACCAGUGCUCCAAAGCCUAAAGGCAGGGUUGCCCCGGGUACAUCAUGUUUGCUGAGGCUCGUUGGACUUCCUCUUGGGACUACCAACAAAGAACUGUCUGAUGCCAUUGAACCUUUUGGGAAGGUCUACACUGCCAUCCUCUUGAAGGCGAUUCGAGAGGCCUCUAUAUGUAUGGAGAGAGAGGAGGAUGCCAGAGCUUUGCUCAACUUUAAGCACCUGACAAUUCGUGGUCAGGUCAUUAAGAUCUGCAUGGAGAAGGAUCCAAGAGAGGAUGAUGAUAGGAGAAAACCUGUUAAGAAAAAAGAGAUGACUAUGACAAAACCUACUCAGUCAGUGAAAGCUAAGGGUGCAAAUCCAGUGAAGGCAUCUCAGCCAGCUAAAGCAAAAGAGUUGCCAGGUCCCAAGACACCUCAAGUAACCAAGGGAAAACCGAACGACCCCAAAAAGAUGGUACAGGCAGCUAAAGUUAAACCUGCUGCUAAGGGUUCAGAGACCGCAGUUGCCAAGAAGAUUGUAAAGAAGGAAGUACCCUGGAGAAAAAAUAUAGUCGAGAUUACCAAUCUUCCAGAGGAAGGGGUUACUGAGGAUGAUCUCACCAAUCUUGCUAAACCAUAUGGGUUCACUGAAACUCCUGUCAUAGCUAUCACUCUACAGAAGGCCUACUUGCAAAUGCCCAACACAGAGGCAGUUGAAGCAAUGGUGAAGGCCUACUCUGAGAACCCAGCUAAAGUGAAAGACAAAGAGAUAACCGUGAAGAUGAUGUUGCAACCUAUUGAUCUGAACUAUACCGAGUCAGUUUUCAGAGUGUUCAUGGACAUGGAGAAAUCACCUGAAAUCGUCACAUUGCCUGAACGCCUUCUCAUUGUUAGUAAUGUACCAAAAACACUUAAGGCAAUCCAAGAAGUAGAGACCGUAAUCAAACGCUAUGGUAAAUUCAAGAAGGUUUUGCCUCUAAAUGGCAGGAUAAUUUUUGAAAUGGAGAAUGUCACUAUGGCUAGGGCUAUUUUCAUCCGCUUCGUUAAGUUUCGUUGUGUAAUCCAGAACAAUACCCUCAACUUCCAACUGGCCAAACCAAUCAAGCUGAAAAAGAAGCCAGAUGCAAAAGGAACGAAGCCUCCUGGUCAACCUAAUACGGUCAAAGCUAAAAAGCCAGUGGCUGCGGCAGCAGCAGCCUCUACUGUGCAUAGUGAAGAAAAGUUGAAAACUGAAGUCACUGCAGCUCCCAAAGACAUUGCAGUUGGAAUGCCUGCUAAUGCAGAAACGCAUGAGAUUAAAGCAAAGAUGGAUACCCAAGCAGUUACCGAAACUGUCAUGGUGACCCUGGAGACUGAAUCUGGGAAAAAAGAACCUGAAGCUGGAUCCUUAGAUCCCAGUGCAGAACCUGAGUCUAUGAACAAGGAGCUUAAAAUUGGAUCCUCUGUUCCCUCUUCAGAAUCUGUCGUUUCAGUUGAGUCUGGGAAAGCAAAGCUUGAAGUUGAAUCCUCUGCUUCUCCUUCAGAAUCUGCAGUUUUAGUUGAGUCUGGGAAAGCAGAGCUUGAAGUUAAAUCAUCUGCUUCUCCUUCACAAUCUGCAGUUUUAGUUGAGUCUGGGAAAGCAGAGCUUCAAGUUGAAUCAUCUGCUCCUGCUUCAGAAUCUGCCGUUUCAGUUGAGUCUGCAAAAGCAGAGUCUGAAGUUGAAUCAUCUGCUCCUGCAUCAGAAUCUGCCGUUUCAGUUGAGUCUGCAAAAGCAGAGUCUGAAGUUGAAUCAUCUGCUCCUGCAUCAGAAUCUGCCGUUUCAGUUGAGUCUGCAAAAGCAGAGUCUGAAGUUGAAUCAUCUGCUCCUGCAUCAGAAUCUGCUGUUUCAGUUGAAUCUGUGAGCACUGAGAAUGUAGUUGGAUCCUCUGUUCCUGCUUCUGAAUCUGGGAAAAUAAAUCUUGAAUUGGCAUCCUCGGGUCCCUCUGGAGAAUCCACUGUUUCAGUGCCGUCUGCUAAAGCAGAGUAUGAAUUGGCUUCUUCAGAAUCCGUUGUCUUAUCUGACACAACUGAUCAGACAGUGACUUCUCUUGCGAACAACAAUCAAAAUAUCCCAAAGGCUGAAGAUGCUCCCAAAGAAUUGGUUCUCACAUCUGUGGAAGAAAGCAAAAUUGACAAUGAGAAGCAAGACAAGAAUGUUGAGUCCAAGUCAGAAAUGGAUGUUGUUGCUUCAGCUGUUAGCGGUGAGGAAAUGGCAGUAGAGGCCAUGGAGACAGAGAGUCCAGAAGAACCUACCAAAGGCACUGAUGUCAAAGAGGAAGCAUAUGGACAGGAGCUCAAGAUCAACAAUGAGGGCCAAUCGAAUGACUUAACAGCGGCACCAAUUGAAUCUUUAGAGGCGGACAUUAAGCACGAGUCAAGUAAUCAAACUGAACCUGCAGCCGUUGCAUCUGACUCCAUUUCAACCUUAGAUUCUGCCUCUGAUUUGCCCUCCACUUCUGACUCAUCUGUCACAGCUAAUUGUGCCUCAAACCUUCCCCAAACAGUAUCCGAGCCCUUCCAGGUCGACGACGACUCUCUGGACUUUCCUCCGGUUACGCAGGAAAUUUUGAAGGCCCUUGAAUUAGCUGUCCAUCAGUGUCGCUUACAGUCUUCAUUAAAACGUGCUGAAGAGGAAGCCAGACAGAAGGCAGAGAUGGAGAAAGUUGCAGUGAAGACAACCCCAAAAGGUCCAUCAAGCUCAAAGAAACCUGCUCAAGCGACUAAGAAAACCUCUCAAGCAGAGAAAAAAAAACAGGCUGAGAAAAAGUCUCAGAACUCUGGGUCCAGAAGCAGGCCUGUAGACACCUCAUCCCCAGAGAAGGAGUCCGCUUCUAGGUACAGGAACAGGGGUAAUUCUGAAGAAGAUGGUCCCACCACCAGGCGUGGGGGAUCAUCCUCCCGAAGAAGUAGGCGGGAAUCUAGCCCUCCAUCAAAGCGAACAAGGGGGCAUGAUCUUGAUCGCAGGAGUCAUAGCAAGAACUCACAACCCUCAAGGAGUCACUCAAAUUCAAGGACAACCGAAAAGGAAAACGACGAAGAACCUUUUCCAUUUAACAUUGAUGAGUUUGUCACUGUUGACGAAGUAGGGGAUGAUGCAGAGGACACUGUGGCCUCAAACUCCGAGUCUUCUGAGAAGAUUCAGGAUCCCCAUUCAAUUGUCUCUCCUAUUGCACAGUCAAUUCAAGCUAAUCCACCAGAACAUGCUGACAAGACUGUACCUUCUGAGACAGGGGAACCUGGAAUUAAUGAACGCAUGGACACCAAGACUGAAGAAACCGCGGCAGUUGCGGAAGUGGUCACUUCUCAAAAGCCAGAAGAGGAUGAGUCUCAGGAAAAGAGUGUUGAUAAACUGCUGGGAACAGAUGGGAUGGAAACUGCCGUUAAGAGUGAGACAACCGAACUUCUUUGUACUGUAGCUGAAAGUGCUUCAGCCAUGGUGGAUGUCAAAGUUGAGACCCUUUCAACCUUGAAAGAAAGCACUGACACUGGGGUCUUGGAUGAAUUUGAGCCAAGCCAGUCAGUUUCCUCCUCUCCUUCACAGAAGGAAGGCUGCCCACCAACUUCUGCAGAAACGUUAGUGAAAUCAGAAGAUGACCAAACCAAACAGCCUGAAACAUCUGCCCCAGAAAUGGACAUUAAAGAUGAGGCAACUGUGCUUCCAUCCCAUGAUGCUUUGGUUACUCUUGAUGAGGUCAGUGAGGGCGAGGAAGAUUAUCUUGAUGAAUCAAAAGAGGAUCAGCAUUCAAAGGCUGAUGAAGUACCUGAGGGACUUUUAACAGUUGAUGAGGUUGGAGAAGAUGAAAUGGGGGGUGAAGAAUACCAGUUGGACAAAGAACUUCAAGGCCUGGUCACGUUGGAUGAGAUUGUUGAUGAAGAGGAGGAAUUUGAUUCAUUCAACCCUGAGACUCUUGUAACCUUGGAUGAGGCCAAAGGUGAUGAUGAGGAGAUUGAGGAAUUGGAGCAAAGUGAAGCCAAGUCAACCAGUCCCAGAAGCUCAACACUAAUCAUACCAGAGGAGCCUGUGAAAUCACCAAGCCACGAAGAGGAUUCAUGUGACCUGGAAGAGCUCCGCAAGAUGAAUUUUGUAACUGUGGAUGAAGUUGGGGAGGAGGAAGACGAACUACCACCUAGUGAAGAGAUCAAAGAAGAGAAACAAGUUAAAAAGAGAGCUACAAAGCCCAAAAAGAGGGGUCGUCAGACCCCAGUGAGGCGAUCCACAAGGGGUAAAAGAGGGGCGACAAAGAGUGCUAAAGAAGCAGAGGAGCCUGAGAUGAGUACGGAGUGUGAACCAGCGGCAGCUGCUCUAGAAUCCAUCAAUCUUAAUGUUAACUCAGAACCGCAAAAGGCUGAAACGGUUCAAGAUUCGUUGAGUCUGGAGCUCUCUUCAGGGUCAGAGGAGGACAGGCCUAGAGCCAAAGAUGAUGACAAAUCUGCUAUGUCAGAAAGCGAUAUCUCUUAUAAAAAAUCCACCAUCAAAGAAGAGUCCAAGCAACGUCGGGAGACUGAGUCGAUACAGGAACCCGAGGUUAAAAAGGCCAGAUCUCAAUCCCCUGUGAUUGAAGACUUCACCUUGCCCCCGUUUACCCCAGACAACCCCAUUGGGGUUGACUUUGUGGUGCCCAAGACAGGUUUCUUCUGCAGACUCUGCUCUUUGUUCUAUGGCAGUGAGGAAACUGCUAAGAAAAGUCACUGUAGUAGUCUAAGGCAUUACCAGAACAUGGAGAAAUACUACAAGAAGCUCAAGUCUCAGCAGACAACGUCCAGUCAAAGUUCUGCAUCUGAAUAGCCCUAUUAAGCCUUUUUUUUCAUCAAAGUUAACAGAUGGGUCCAAUUAUUUUGUUGUAAAAUUUUAUUCAUUUUUCUUGUUUAGAGUGAAAUACAUUGCCUCAAGCUAAAUAAACACAAUCACUAUAAAAGUCAA